UAAUACAAAUGCCCGGUGGAGGGCAGCGACACGCCUCUGACGGUCUGCCGGAACAAAACAGAGGAAGAAGAAGAAGAAGCGGAAGGACACGUGUUUACAUCCGGGUGACGGCGCUGAGCGGCUCCGCUGCCUUCGUUCUUCUUAAUCUUUUUCCCAGCAGCCUUUGGGGCCACAGCAGCAGUAGCAGUAGCCACAGCAGAAGAAGAACAAGUGUGUAAAAAUGUCGGAUGAGGAGGACGUGGCUCCGGCCGUGAAGAAGAGCCGUGUUUUCUACGGAAGCCUGGAGGAGAAAGAGCGGGAACGUCUGAGCUUAGAGACGACGAGUGGCACGACAGGAAGUGAUGCGGUGAAAACGGGGAUUGAGGCGGGAAACAUCAACAUCUCGUCAGGAGAGACGAUGGAGAUGGAGGAGCGGGUCAGUGAGCGGCAGCAGGAAGCGCUCGCUGAGUUUGAGCGGCGGCGGCGAGCGAGACAGAUCACCGUCUCUACUGAUGACGCCGAGGUGAAGGCCGGCCUCCGGGCACUCGGAGAGCCAAUCACAUUGUUCGGAGAGGGACCAGCUGACCGCCGGGAGAGACUGCGAAGUGUCCUGUCUGUGGUCGGUCCCGAUGCUCUGAAGAAGUCCAGGAAAGACGAAGAGAGAGCCAAGAGGUCACAGGAAGAGUGCCAGCAGACGUGGUACCAUGAAGGCUCCGCCUCCCUGAAGGACGCCCGGCUCUGGUUGGCCAGAUACUCUCUGCCACGGGCAAUGAGGCGCCUGGAGGCAGCACGUGCUCAGAGGGAUGUUGCUGAGGCAACCAGAACUAUCCGGCAACAAGAGCUGCACAAGAGCCUGAGGAAUCUGAAUAACUUCUGCAGUCAGAUCGGUGAUGAUCGACCAAUCAGCUUCUGCCACUUCAGCCCUGACUCCAAAAUGCUCGCCACCGCCUCCUGGAGUGGUCUGUGUAAGCUGUGGUCCGUCCCCGACUGCAACCUGAUUCGUACACUCAGAGGACACAACACCAACGUGGGCGCCGUCGUCUUCCGCCCGGAGGCCGGAGUUUCUCUCGACCAAUCGGACGUGAGCUUGGCCUCGUGUGCUGCUGACGGCUCUGUGAAACUGUGGAACCUAGAGAGCGACGAGCCAGUGGCAGACAUCGAGGGUCACGGUGAGCGGGUGUCCCGUGUGGCGUGGCAUCCGUCUGGAAGGUUCCUGGGAACGACCUGUUACGACAACUCGUGGCGUCUGUGGGAUCUGGAGGUUCAGGAAGAAAUCCUCCAUCAGGAAGGUCACAGCAAAGGAGUCCACGACCUCCACUUCCACCCGGAUGGAUCCCUGGCUGCUACUGGAGGGCUGGAUGCCUUCGGCAGAGUGUGGGACCUUCGGACGGGACGCUGUGUUGUCUUCCUGGAGGGACACCUGAAGGAGAUCUACAGCCUGCAUUUCUCUCCCAAUGGGUAUCACCUGGCAACAGGAAGUGGUGAUAACACCUGUAAGGUUUGGGAGCUGAGAAACAGGAAGUGUCUGUACACAGUCCCCGCCCACCAGAACCUGCUUUCUGCUGUCCGCUUCCAACCCACAGACGGCCACUUCCUGUUGACUGGAGCAUACGACAGCACAGCAAAGGUUUGGAGUCAUCCCGGCUGGACGCCGCUGAAGACGCUCGCCGGGCACGAGGGGAAGGUGAUGGGCGUCGACGUGUCACCUGACGGGAAGCUGAUCGCAACCAGCUCCUAUGACCGAACCUUCAAACUGUGGCUGUCUGAGUGAUGUCAUUGGUUAAGUUUCGCUGUUUUAGUUUUGUAAUAAAGUUUUGGCAUUUGCUGUC